GGAGCCCUGGCCACUGACAGAGCCGUCGCUCAGGACUCUAUGAUUCACGAGACUCGAGUCAUAAUUCCAGAGCUUGGCGUGUAUGUACGACGUCCCAUACAGAACUUAUUUGAGCCCCUUUAAAAAAAUUCAUCUCAAUGUCGAGUGUCUGUAAGCAGAUCAAUUUAUGACGCACGGAAGAUCUCAAAAGAUUAUUAUAAUGGGCGCCUCCCAGAUUGAUCCAUCCUUAGUCAUAUAUUUGGCGCCCAUGUAUUUUGCCUCUUCCCGCCGUCCACACUCCCUUUCGUUCCCGUACCAAUUUUACGCGAAGCACUCCAAGGAGGCUUUAAACAUCCUCCGACGGGUAGGCUGAACCUCGGGCCUCGCUCCCCAUGGAUUUAAGAUGAACACAUGGUAGUACUUUGAUACGUGUCCGGAAGUAAUUAGCGAAAAUUAGAUCAAAGACUAAACGAAGUGUAAAUAUCAAGAACUAAAAUUGGUCUCGAAAGCGUGCAGAGUCUACAUUCAACAGCUGUUACCACCCUGAUUUUACAACCAGCAUAUCUAAAAACUAAACAAUUGUACUUUAAAAUGUAUUUCUUGCUUUUGUUUGGUAAAAUUUGAGGUUAAUCUGCGUCGAAAUUUCCGAAGAAACGGCCCGCCGUAGAAAGUUAGAUCUUUCGGGAAAAGAGAGAGCUGAGGAAACCAUCGGCAUUGCUGUACACUUAUUUUCUAUAACUUUGAACAAGGGUUGCCGAUUCUUUCCGGUAAGGGAAACUUGCUCAGUGGCAGGUACUUGUGGUUAACCUUGGGUUUUUCCUGCUUUCUGCUUCUAUGAUUUGAGUUGAGAAACAUUACUUUAUUCCUAUCAUGUAUGGUUAUCGAGUUCUUAAUGGUAUCGGAGUGGGAGUGAAAUUCUCAAUAUCAAUUUAGGAGAAUUUUGCUGCUGGGACAUGUAUAGUCGAAUUUCACAAAUUUGCCCACAGAUCUAGAAAAUUUGCAAACAAAUAGCAGGGGUUCAUUAUGUCUACCAAAAUAAUUGUGUAUUUAGAAAAGUAUUUAUUUGCAUUAAUUUUGACAUUUUUUUGGCUGUUGCAGGGUUGUCUUGAUUUUCAGCAGAUCAAAAUUUUUGCAUUUGGAUUUCAAUUGAGACUGCUCUUGAACGUUGGAAAGUUGGCUUAGAGAUUUACACAGUUGUAUAUGUUCCGGCUGACCUGAAAUGAUGGACGGAUAUUCACCAUCGAGAGACUAUGAAGUAGCUAUGGAGAAACAAGCUCAGCUUAACUUGCAUGACAGUUUGGAGGGAUUUGAUCGCUUGCACUGUAAUACAGCAGGUAACAAGAAUAGUACUAUAAAUGAAAUUCAUGUUUCUAAGCUUAAGAAGGCAAAGCCAUCUGCAAUACGUGAUUUUCCUCCUGGUUGUGGGCGUUACACAUCUACAUUUGCAAAUUUUUCUCUUGGAAAUUCAGAUUUUCAGAAGAAUAACAAUGUUGUGUCACCAGUAUCUCCAUCAUCUUCUCUUGAAUGUCAAAAUGCAUUUUCAUCUCUUCAAAUGCCGACUUGUUCUCCCAAAAGUUUUGUAUCUGCAGUGAAACAUCCCACCCGGCCUGUCUCUGCUUAUCGAGACUUUCCUGUUGGUUGUGGGAGAAAUGCUCCUCUAAUCACCAAGGGGGAGUGCCAUAAAUCUGUUUCAGCUACUGUUGUUGCACCUUUGAUCAAAAGAGACUUUCAUACGUCAGGAGCUGAAUUUGGCAGUCAGAAACUAAUUUUUGACAAAAUCUAUUAUCCAAGGAAGAGGAGGACUGCAAUUGCAAAGCAAGAAAAGUAUGGUAAAAGGGAAAAAGAAAAACUGCUGCCAUCUGGACAAUUCUUCAAAGAAUCACACCAUCUCAGUCAAUUGUCUCGAGUCAAAUACAAGAGCUUUCAAACUUGCAAGGUGGCCACCAAAACAAGGGAUGUCAAUCAGUUAGCAACAAUGGUGAAGAGGGAUGACACCUACAAGUCUGGAAGAUUCACUUUGCCAAGGUUGUCUACAUUUGGAAAUUCAUUUAAUAAGGUUGCAAGGAAGCCUCACGAGCUUCCUUUGAGGACGGUCACUACCUCAGCACAACUAACUUCAACUGAGAUUGUAUGCACGGUCCCCAAAAUAUUGCCAUUGAAAUCUGUGGAAACUGCAGAUCCUUUGGAUCAAAAUCCACCAACACGUGGAAAGGUUAGAGAAACCUUGCAAUUAUUUCAGGUUCUUUGCAGGAAACUAAUACAUGAUGAGGAAGCUGGUGUCGAAAACUCUUCUCUAAAUGGUACUCGUUUUCGUGCAGAUCUAAAAGCUGCCAAGAUUUUGAAGGAUAAUAACUUGUAUGUCAACAUGGGAAAACAAAUUGUGGGUGAGGUCCCAGGGUUGGAAGUUGGAGACCAGUUCCAUUAUAGGAUUGAGCUUUGCAUUGUGGGUCUUCAUCGCCAGAUACAGGCUGGAAUUGACUUCUUGAAACAAAAAAAUGUGCAGGUGGCUACCAGCAUUGUGGCAUCAGGAGGUUACGAAGACGAUCUUGACGGUGGGGAUAUGUUGAUUUACACAGGACAGGGUGGAAACAACUACUGUGGAGACAAACGGCAAACUGAGGACCAGAAACUUGAACGGGGUAAUUUGGCUCUGAAAAACAGCAUAGACCUGAAAAUACCUGUACGAGUAAUUCGAGGAAUAAAGCAAAAGCAUUCUGGAAAUGAAGGGCACAAAGAAAGCUGGAAGAACAAGGUAAGUGUCCUCUAUACUUAUGAUGGACUUUAUGAUGUGGAGAAAUAUUGGAGUGAUAGAGGAGCAUCUGGGUACUCUGUAUUUAAAUUUCUUCUAAGAAGACAAUUAGGUCAACCAAAGCUGGGAUUUGAAUUAGUGCAAUUUGUUGGAAAACCAUCUAAAUAUACAAUUGAAGAAGGUCUUCGUAUUAAGGACAUUUCGGAAGGCAAAGAGAGAAAAGCCAUUUGUGUUGUAAAUACUAGGGAUGAAGAAAAUGGUCCACCACCGUUUGUGUACACAACUGAAGUGCUUUAUUCAAGUUGGUGUCAGCCUAUGCCUCAAAGAGGCUGUGAUUGUAGAAAUGGAUGCUCAGAUUCCACAAAAUGUCUUUGUGCUUUUAAAAAUGGUGGGCAAUUUCCAUUUAACUUCGACGGUGCUAUUGUAUUUGCUAAGCCUAUCGUAUAUGAAUGUGGUCCAUCAUGUAGUUGCCCUCCAAAUUGCUACAAUAGAGUUAGUCAACGUGGUAUUCGAUUUCAGCUUGAGGUGUUUAAGACUGAUAAGAGAGGUUGGGGAGUCAGAUCAGCAGACUCUAUACCUUCUGGUAGCUUUAUUUGUGAGUACACAGGUGAGCUACUUUCAGAUAUGGAAGCUGAGAAGCGGAUUGAUAAUGAUGAGUAUCUCUUUGAUAUAGGAAGGACCAGCAAGAAGGAUCAAUCUCGUUGGCCUGGGCUUUCUAGUGUUAUGCCUGAAUCGGAGUGUAGUCCAGCUUGCGAUACGGUGGAAGAUGUGGGAUUUACCAUCGAUGCAGCUAAGUAUGGAAGUGUUGGGAGAUUCAUCAAUCACAGUUGUUCUCCAAAUCUAUAUGCACAGAAUGUGCUUUACGACCAUGAUGAUAGAAGGUUACCCCACCUUAUGCUCUUUGCUGCAGAGAACAUUCCUCCAAUGCGGGAGCUUUUUUAUCAUUACAACUAUACCGUGGAUCAGGUGUAUGAUCAAAAUGGAAAGAUUAAAAAGAAAUUUUGCUAUUGUGGAUCUUCAGAAUGUACCGGGAGAAUGUAUUGAGGACUCACAGCUCCCAUCCAAUCACAGGCUUUUCUCAAGGUGCACAAGUAACCAUAUUUUUGGUGUCCGAAGUUUUGUGUUUUCUAUAAUUUCUUGCAGUCCCCGCUGUAUCAAGGAAGAUUUUCUCCUCUUGGCUGAACUUCUUUCCAUCUUUUCCUCAGAUGAAGGUUAAUUCAUUUUGAAGAUGUGUACCGAGGUGACAACAAGUUUGAUAUAGAUGUCUUCUGCAGAGUAUUAAUUUUUGCUGAAUUUAUACCUUUUAAUUCUGGGAAGGUUCCCCGUAAUGGCGAAGCUUUCUUCAUCGGUGCGUCUUUACCAUGGACCAGGUAGAUGAUUCUCUUUUCAUCAAAACGAAGAAAUCUUGUGUCCUCAUGUUUGGGGACUACCACUUAAAUAUUUGAUUUUGUCGAAGUGUUUAUUAAAUGUGCCCAUUAAUAUUGCCGUUGUGAUUUGCAAGUUUACUUCAAAUUAUCUUAUGGUAAUUUGAUUGGACAGAAUAUAAGAGCCACCAAGAUGAUCCAAUUUUUUAAGCCAAUAUUUUGGCUUCUAAUUUUCACUUAGAUGAUAUAUAUAUAUAUAUAUUUUUUAAGCAUA